CUUCCAUAUUAUUCAAAUACGUAGUUGUACGUUGAGAAAUACGAGCUAGAGUAGAGUUCAUCACCGCUUUGCGUAAAUAAGAAGAAUAGGAAGAGAAAAGGAAAGGAAAUCCUUUAAGGCAGAAAAUGAUGCCAAAGAAUGACGCAAUAUAAAUGAAACAUUACUCGGAGUUCUUGUAAGUUGUUAAACUGUAAUCGUGACUGUUAAACUGUAAUCGUGACUGUUAAACUGUAAUCAUUAAACUGUUAUCGUGACAUACGAAGAAAUCACUGUUCUUCGAUCAUGAAAAUUACAAAUUCGGACGAACCCGUGGAGGGUUCACAGACUUACACGGAAAAAAUGGUCAAGUGGAUCGGCAAGGUGAAUUACAAGAAACUGACAUGCUCAACAAGCCCCAAACGCAACUUGAGGGUGGAGACUUUGCUCUCUUGCACUUUGGACAAAGCGCGGUAUAACUUGAGGUGUAAGCAAGUGGCAAGAUUGAAUCGAUGGCGUCAAGUGAGGAGUGAACUUCUCAAGGACGUAUACUAUGGCAGUUGCGCAGUGUACCACGAGAUCGAAGCUCAAAAAGAGAAGGAUCAGAUCAUAAGAGGGGAGAAUGAACUGCAAAUAAAUUGGUUCGAAGAACUUGGCUUAGAGGACUUGGAUGAGUUCCUGCAUCAAAUAAGUGGAAUAAAAACAUCUGUCGAGCGCUAAAUAGCCAUGACGCAAUUUGCUUUGACGAUGCAUUGUGUGUUCUUACUGAUAGAUGCAUUUAAAAUAAUUCAUCUUACACAGGAUAUCUUAUCUAUAUGUUAGACCAAGAUGACGACGAUCCUGAACAUAAGGCUGUUUGAAAAAAAAGACUUAUAGAAAGUAAAUCCAAUCAUAUUUUCACGUCAACUGUCUCACAGAGAACUUGAAAGAAGUAUAAGAAAACUUGAAAUUGGGAGAAAGUUCCACAAUACAUCAUAUCAUCAAUCAUCAAGAAGUCAUCGUUAAUAUCUACGGAAAUCUACAUGACGACUAUCAACUAGGCUUCAACUAGACAACACUGGCCACCUUUGCAGUCUCGUUAUUCCGAUA